AUGGCGGCGCCCCCUCUCCACCACCCAGCGCGGGAGUCGGGCGGCGGCGGCAACUCCAACUCGAAGACGGCAGCGAAGACGGCGGCUGCUGCUGGUGUCCAGGACCGCUUCUCUCUGCGCGGCGUCGAGGAGUGGGCGUCGCUGCUGCGCAAUGGCCCGCGACGGCCGCUCCUCACGCACGUCAACGCCGACACGACGUGGCUGAUCCAGCUCCCCUGGCCGGCGUCGGCGUCAGCGCGGUCGUCGUCGUCGCGCCCGCCCGGCCGGACGCACUUCAACAUCCUCAUCGACCCGUGGCUCGACGGCCCGCAGAGCGACGUCGCGUCCUGGUUCAGCACGCAAUGGCACGUCGUCCCCUCGGGCGUCGCCACCAUCGCGGAGCUGAACCUGCUGCUGCGACACGUCGAGACUCGCGGCGACGGCGCUGCUUUGCCUCGCGCGUCCGCCGACGCCGUCGGCGCGCCGUGCUUCGUCGACGCCGUCGUCGUGUCGCACGAGUUUACGGACCACUGCCACCGCACCACGCUCGAGGAGCUGCCCCCGAGCACGCCCGUCUUCGCCACCGACGUCGCCGCGGACCUCAUCCGCAGCUGGGGCCACUUCCACGGCGUCGUCACGAUCCCUGCCCUCGGGCCAGGCGUGUCCUGGAGGCGCCUCACGGGCGUGGGCCUGCUGCCCGACUGGCUCGCCGUCGGGAGGGUCAUUACCCCUGGGAACGCGCUGUACUACCACUCUGCCAUCCUGGUUGCGUUUGACUUAAACGGCGAUGCGGCGCAGGCGUCACCAGCGACGGAUGAGGGGCAUGGCGCAGUCAAGAACGACGGAGGCGAAGCCAUCGUGUAUUCGCCGCACGGCAUCGCCGCCGAGGACCUCGCGAGUGUGCCCGCGGCAAGUGGCCUGCGCACGCUCGCCCUGCUCCACGGCCUGCACGACGUGCGCAUCUGGCUCACCAAGCAGCUCAACCUCGGCGCGCUCAACGGGCUGCGCGCCGUGGCUGCGAGCGGCGCGCGGUACUGGAUAGCGACGCACGACGAGGUCAAGACGGGUGGGGGGCUCAUCGCGCCCCUGCUCCGCCGCACGGCGUACUCGCUGCGCGAUGCCGUUGGGCACGAGGAGGCGCAGAUGGACGAUGCGCCUGACUACACGUUUGCGGAGCUGGGCUCCGGGGACGGGUUGGUGUUGGCAUAG